UAACAUGAUGUACAUAUAAAAUAUAUUGUGUCCAAACACGAGUAUGUCCAAAAACUGAUAACUAAACUGGGAAGUUAAAACUUAAAUAAUGAUAUAAUUUUGGCGGGACAUUUUGUGCAUUUCUUGAAGGUAAGCGAUUUGAAAGCAUUAAAGAUGUGAGAUAGACAAUAUUAGGACACUAGCUUUUCCAAGAACAUUCAAAUCAUUAUGAUGGACGAGGAUUCGAAAAUGGAGAAUGAGCAGAAAAGCGAAAACGUAUCGCAUUCUGAGAUGCGCGCGAUUCUUUGGGGUCGACAGCUGUCUCGUUCUCAGAGUGAACCCCAGCGAGUUAGUGAAUUCACGGAACAUGGAACAGGUUUUGGAAAAAUGAAAAGACCUACAAGUCUCAGCGACGAGUGGAAAGAACUACAGAAGAUAAAAAUGACUAAAAAUCCCAUUACUGAAACAUUACUACCGCAAACUCAACAUUUCCAAAGCAGACGAUCAAUUUGGAAAAAUUUCUUGUCGUUAUGUGGUGGACUCAUGUUAGCUUUUAUGUCGUUCUUGCCUCUUAGAAAUAUUCAAAGUAGUAUUUAUCCUAUUGAUAAUCUUGGAACCAUCUGUCUAUCUUCAAUGUAUGCUGCUUUUAUUGUUGGAUGUACGAUCUCACCAUGGUUAGUUCAAAAUGCCAGACCUAAAGGUUUGAUAUUAUUGGCUGUAGCAAGUCACGUGUUUUAUGUGGCAGCUAACUUGUACCCAUCGUAUAUGACACUUAUUCCUGCCUCAGUUAUAUUUGGCUUUUUACAAGCACCGUUGUGGUCUGUUCAAGAGCUACUUAUUGGUAGCUAUGGAUCCAGUUACUCAGCCAUAACUGGAAUCAGGGUAGAUAAAUCCAUCAGACAAUUCCAAAGUGUAUUUGUCAUAUUUUGUCAUUGUGCUCAGAUUCUUGGAAACUUAAUCGAAUCGCUUGUUUUAAAUUAUGGUACUGUUGAAAAUAUGCAUACUUUGAAUAAAACUCAUUACAAACUGAACCAUCUGAACUGUACAGAAAACUGCGUAGGCAAGUUUGGGUAUCAUAUGAAACGGCCAAAUGAAAUAGAAGAACCAGUAGACUACUUGGAAAUUCUCAAAUUUAUUUAUCUUGCUUUCUCUUGUUUUGCCAUGAUCUUGAUUGGCUUUUGUUUACGUAAACCUGACAUUAUAUUGAAUAAAAGAAAGAUGAGUUUGCUUGAAAAGCUUGGGGAUGUUCUUAGCUUCUUUAGAACUAAAAGUUGCGCCAUGAUAGGACUGCUGAUGGUAUUUACUGGUAUGCAGCAAGCUGUAGUUAUCAGUGAUGUCACUAUGGUAUAUGGUACAGAAAAGCUAGGACUGUCUAUAGUAGGAUAUAUGAUGAUGUGUUAUGGGACCUGUCAACUUGCUACUCUUCUUUUGCUCGAGAGAAUGCAGAGAAGGUUCCGCCCUAUUGUUUUCAUACUGAAAGGUUUUCUAAUUACACUUGGUCUGCUUAUUUUAUUGUAUGUUUGGGAGCCACGUGAUAACUCCGUUUUAACUAUUUUCGGAUUCAUGGCACUCUGGGGAGCUACGGAUGCUAUAUGGCAAUCCCAAAUUCAAAAUAUUUUGAUCACAUCUACAACAAAACGUGAAUCAGCAGUUGUGUGUUUCCGGAUAUGCCAGGGAUUUGGUUUGACCGUAGUAUUUCUGUCCUCCCUUUGGUUGUCUUUACUUUAUAAAGUAUGUAUGGUUGGAGCAACUCUAGUGUUCGGAGUUAUGGGAUACAUGCUGCUAGAAGUUACUAACAAUCCUGUCACACCACUAGAUCCAGAACCAUUUUCACUGUAAAAGUAGUUUUGUUCUUAUUGUGGCAAAUUUAAUCCCAUUUUACAUAAAGCUCUAGGUGUGGGUUUGACGCACUAGAGUAUAAUGGAUCAAUACAACAGGAAAAUUUUAUCCAAAAACUGAAGAAUAUAAAAAAUUGGAAAAAUCAUUAUAGAAUAGAGAAGAAAAGACCAAAACAAUAAAUAAGAAAGAAAAGCAAAAAGGCCAAAAUAAUAAAGGAAAGAGAAUAAUGGCGUGCUUUAACAUAUAGAUUCUAUAGAAAGAGAAUAAUGGGUCAUAACAUGCAAAAAUAUCAAGAGAGAAAAUCGAACUGGAAAUUAAAGAAUACAGAAAUGAAAGACCCCAUUCAGACCCUUCUACAUGUAUUAAUAGUUGCAAUAUCAUUGGCUGUUUAUAUUUGAUGUUUGUAACUAAAGUUACCGAGAUGACAAUAGGAUACAAUCUGUUAACACCCAAUCCACCAUAGAACCAUGCAAUAUGUCAAUGAGAGGUGCCAGGCAACAUCCCCCGAUUUUUAUGAAAAUUAUUACAAAGGGUCAUUAUGAGAUAAAAAUAAAUUUUGUAAAAAAAAAAAUUGAAAAUGUUACUAUUUAUAGAAUUAUAGCGCCAUCUAUAACUGAA